AUUCGCCGGAGAAACGUACGGAAUCAACAACCGUCUCCGGGAAAGAAUCCAUUUCCGCUGAUUCCAUCAAUUUGAUUGCCAAAAAGCAUUGAUUUUCUCUCCCUCUCCUUCCUUUUCAUCGUUUCGAAACCAGCUAAUUUUCCUGAUCCGGAUGUAUUUCGAAGAUCAGGUCCUAAUUUCCCGGGAAUGGGUCCUUAGGUUCUGAAUAAAAUCCGUCUGCUCUGUCGGGUAAGUUCAUUGAAGAACGGAUUAAGCGUGUGUGAGAUAAGAAAGGACGGAUUCAACUAUGAGCACCCAGAAGCAGGGGGUGACUGUUCGGGACCUAGUAGAGGAGGCCAAGAAACGAAUUGUAAUCCUUGUGAUAUGCGUCGUCGGACUAUCCUACCUCAUGUCCCUGACAAGCUCAUCGGUUUGGGUAAAUCUCCCUGCUGCUGCGUGUUUGAUCAUCUUCCUUCGUUAUUUCUCAUUCGAUAUUGAAAUGAAAAGAAAAGCUGCAGCUUACAACAGCAAACCUUCGUCUCUGAAUGCACCAACUCUAAAUAAAAUACCCGAACUCCCGAAAGCAGCUCCACGUUCUGACUGGAGAAGUAAAGUGAACUCUCAAGUUGUUGAGGAUGCAAUUGAUCACUUCACCCGUCACCUCAUUUCUGAAUGGGUACUGGAUCUUUGGUAUUCCCGCAUUACACCGGAUAAGCAAGGUCCUGAAGAGUUGGUGUUUAUUAUUAAUAAUGUUCUUGGGGAACUUUCACGGCGGUUUAGGAACGUAAAUCUUAUUGAUCUAUUGACAAGGGAUCUAAUUGAUAUUAUAUGCCGUCGUGUGGAGCUUUUCCGCGAGUGUCAAGCAAAGAUUGAGAGACAACAAAGGAGAAGCCUCAGUUUUGAAGAAAGAGACUCAGAACUAAAACGUGUGAUGGCCGCUGAAGAUAAAUUGCACCCUGCUUUGUUCUCUCCUGAAUCCGAGCAUAAGGUUCUGCAACAUAUAAUGAACAGCCUCAUUUUACUAACAUUUAGGCCAGAGGAUCUGCACUGUGCUUUUUUCCACUAUACCGUGAGGGAGCUUCUUGCUUGCUGUGUGAUCCGACCAGUCCUAAACUUAGCCAAUCCUCGGUUCAUAAAUGAGAGGAUUGAAGCUGCUGUAAUGUCAAGGAUAAAGACUAGUAACAGAUCUAGUUCUGCAGAAGAGGCUUCUCAGUCUGAAGAUCUCUCAAAUGUUUCUCCUGAUCAUUUUUCUAGAUAUCUGGACCCCUCUGUCACAGGUGUUGAGCUUGUGCAAUUGAAAAAUGAACAGCAGAAAAAUUCUAAAAGAAAAAGCGCUACAGAUAAACAGCAUGUAACAGAUCUCUCUAAAGAUCCAUUGCUUUCUAUGGACACUCGAUCUUCCCGAUCGUGGAACUCCUUCCCAUCAACUUCCAAAAUAGGUGAUGGUAGUAAAGAUCCUCAAGGACAUCGAGGAGGAGAGGGAUGGGGUGACGUAUUAGACAUGAUGUCACAAAGGAAAACUGAGACCCUUGCUCCUGAGCAUCUUGAAAGUGUGUGGGCAAAAGGAAGAAACUAUAAAAAGAAGGACGGUGAGAAAGUUGAGGAGCGCGUGCCCCCGAGAUGGUCUAGCAAGGAUAGUGACUUCAAUGGAAACACUGUGAAUGCAACAGAGUCCAGUCAGCGUAAAGUCGUAAUUACAGACAGUCACUUAUCAAGUUAUUCCUCUGCUGAAGAGGACGAGGAGCAAACAAAGAGUAGUCAUUCUUAUACAUCCGAGGAUGAGGAAACGGUAACAGGUCUAAACAGUCCUGGGACUCGAGUCUGGGAUGGUCGAACGAAGAAAAAUCUUGGUGUUUCACGGAUACACCAUCCACUUGAAAUUUCAGGCCGUUGUUUCAAAAAGACCAGUAAAGGGCAUGAACGUUAUCAGCAAGUACCCAGUCAUCAAUCUGGCAGGAAGAGAUCCAGAAUUUCUGGUCAUGUUAUAGGCGAUGAUGAUAGCGAUGAUUCUGAAGAUGGUUCUUUGACUAGAUCUAACAGUGGAGUGUCUGCAACUUCAUCUGCAUCAUACUUUUCAGUGGCAGAAAGUGAACUUCCCAAUGCCCCUAGAAGUUCUUUGUUGGUUGAUUCCUUUGCGAAGUUGAGAUGUGAGGUUCUGGGUGCCAAUAUUGUGAAGGGUAGUUCUAAGAUGUUUGCUGUGUAUUCAGUUGCAGUCACAGAUGAAAAUAAUCAUAGCUGGUCUAUCAAAAGAAGAUUUCGACAUUUUGAAGAGCUUCACCAACGGCUUAAAGUGUUUCCUGAGUACAAUCUUCAUUUACCGCCGAAGCAUUUCCUAUCAACAGGCGUGGAUAUACCUGUUAUCCAAGAGAGAUGUGUACUACUUAACGAGUAUAUCAAGAAGCUUUUGCAGCUACAUCGAAUUUCAGGAUCAAUUGAAGUUUGGGACUUCCUCAGUGUGGAUUCCCAGACUUAUGCUUUCUCAAGUUCUUUCUCAAUCAUUGAGACGCUAACAGUUAAACCUGUCAGUAAGCCAUCCACUGUCGCUACAAAUAUGGCAAAUAUGACUGAGGCAACGCCAGGUCCUCUUCCUUGGAGAGAAAAUCUAAGUUCAGAGAAUGGGAAAUCGGGUCAAAAUAUGAGGAAUAACGUUAUGGUGGAUGAUGUGAAGUCAAAAGUGAAAACUCUUGGAAAUGAUCAUAUGAAGACGCCUGAUUUAGAUGUGAGAAACCGCAAAGAAAAUGGCGGGCUAAAAGUGGGUACUGGACAUGCCGAUGAUGUGGCCUGCGUUGGCCUGCCCACCGAGUGGGUUCCUCCAAAGUUAACAUUACCCCUGCUAGACUUAGUAGAUGUUGUCUUACAACUCCAGGAGGGUGGGUGGAUCAGGCGGAAAGCUUUCUGGGUUGCCAAACAGAUACUUCAACUUGGGAUGGGCGACGCAUUGGACGAUUGGGUACUUGAGAAAAUCCGUCUUCUGCGGCGGGGAACUGUAGUUGCAUCUGGAAUUCAACGGGUUGAACAGAUCUUUGGUAUGACCUCUCAGAUACUAUGGCCGGAUGGUGUAUUCAUGACAAAGCAUCCAAAAAGGCAGCAACAAUCCAGCAUUUCUGAAGAGGAGCAGCGACAAGAAGCAGAGAGACGAGCAAAGUUUGUUCAUGAGCUGAUGAUGGAAAAAGCCCCAGCUACUAUAGUGAGUCUUAUAGGACAAAAGGAGUAUGAACAAUGUGCAGAAGAUCUCUACUUCUUCCUUCAGUCAUCAGUGUGUUUGAAGCAACUGGCGUUUGAUCUUUUGGAGUUGUUACUACUAUCGGCGUUUCCGGAAAUGGAGCAAACUUUCAAACAGUUGCACUACGAAAAACACCUCUUCGGUCAAUAUACACCACCAAACUGAUAGAUACUUGGAUUGUCCUUGUAACUCCUCCAUAUUACAUGGAGUUUUGCUAGAAUUCUUU